CUGGCAUACAAUAACAAGCGAUUUAGCGAUUAUGUUUCAUGACAUCGGGCGGCCUGACUACCAAAACUUGCUAAAAAGAACACAUUUUUUUAAAAGUUAUCAUCUUAAAAUUUUUAAUUGGUAUGUAGGCCUUUUAAUAAAUCAGUUGUUUUUUUUUUUUCUAAAAAUAUUGGUAUCAUUUUUAGAACUUGAUAGUAUAUUAACACAAUCAAUGCGUCUGAAUGCGAAACCGAAAAGACGUUGCCUUCACUUUUGACUUUGAAUUUUAUUCAUUUUAAAAUGUUUAUCAUCUGAAGUCUGAAGAGAUCAUAUGUUUUGUUUAUGACGUGGUCUCAGUAAUUCAUUUUAAAUGAUUUCAUUAGUUUUAAGGAUUUUUAUUUUGGUUAAUGUUACUGUUUUGUUAAUUGUUGGACCUGACACUGACACUUCAACCUGACACAACCUGACACGAAGUGUCAAUUACAAUUGUUUUGGCUUUGGAGUGGUAGUAGUAGUAGUAUAGAGUAGUAGUCAGUAGUAUUUACAGUGAGUAUUGGAUAAUUUCCAGGCCAAUUGUUCCAUUUUUCAUUAUUUUUUUAUAGAAAUAUAGUGGGCACUCCUCAGAAUGGCAGUCCUAAAAAAUGUGAAAUAAUAGAAUUCUUAAUGUUUAAAAAGUGAAUGAUACUGAAUGAGAAUGGCCUAAUGAAAUAGCCGCCAGUAUAACUCAAUCCAACUAGACAUCAGCAGACAUACGAUGCAAGUAGUUACCGGGUAUACAUUAUUAGUAGGCCUACAAUUUUGAGAUGAUAUUGUAAAAUUUUAGGAGGUCAGGGGUUAACAGAUCUGCGAAAACAGACAAAUAUUUUAGCGGCCCACUGUCAUGAAAAUAUGGCUCCUCCAAGUAUAAAAAAAGGGCUGCCUGGGGCAGAAUGCUUCUCUGACUCUAUCCCCUUUUUCCUAUUUCCAUCUUUCUCAGAAACUAUUAACCACUUCACGUGAUGCACGAUCACCCACUUUUAUUUACCAAGGAUGUCAAAUUGUCGUCAGGCCUAUUGACUAAGUCUAAGUAUUGGUAGUCACUAUCUUUAAAUUACUAAAAUAACUCUGACUGAAGUAGGUAUGUGAAAUUCUCACUUUUUACGUCACCAAUAGAAUAGAGAAUGCUGCCAAAAAAAUUUGUACCAACGUUUUAGGCAGGUCGUGGUGCACUUAUUUCUAAAAAAAAUUUUUGUUGUGUCUAGUCUUAUUAUUUCUCUCCUAAUGGGAUUUUCAAUAAAAAAACUUAUUUUUCUUUGUUUGUAUAUAUUUUAUUUUUAUGUAUCUUUCCUUAUGGGUUCAUGGUAUUCUGUGCCGUUAAAAACAAUGAUUCUGCUUAGCAUUGAAAAAUUAAAGUAUCUCGUGGUUCCUAGUUGUUAAAUUAAUUUAUGUUAUAGAUGAACAAGUGACCCAAUAAUUGACAUAACAAUGACCUAAUUGACCAAUAAUACCUAUUAUGCCUAUCUCACACCAGAAAAUUAAUUGGAAGGGGGUCCCACGUUACCAUGUUCCUAAACAAAAAUUGGCCAAAGCAUUUGUUACAUCUGCUAACCCUUUCGAUUUUUACGGAAUUAUACAUAUUUUUACCACUCAUUCUAACAAACCCCUUAAAAUUCUGAUUUUUUUUUUCAAACUUUAUAAUUUUUCGCCCGUCAUAAAAAUCAGAAAGCAACAAAAAAAAAAAAAAAAUCGGGUAGGACAGGAAGUGUUGCAUUUGCUUUUAUGGAGUGCCGACCGGGCGAAUAAGUGAAUAAAUUCUCAAGAUAUUCACUUGGCUAUUAUUAUAUAUUGGACCAAGUCACAUGAUCACCGUAACAAAGUUGUGUCAGCCUCGUCACGUGAUCGCUGAUUGUCGAACAGAGUUAACGGUACUUCAUUUCAACAAAUUCAAGAUAGUCUGGACAUUUACAAGAAAAAGAAAUAUGUUAAAUUCUACAAAAGAUAUACUAGAACCAUUGGCUGCCAGUCCGCGUCCGCAUAGAGUACAAAAUUGCAACUUUGUGCUAACGCUGCUUGCGUGACCUGGCACCGUCAUAUUUUAACACCCCCCCCCCCCCCCCCCACCCAAAAUAAAAUCAUACAACUGCAUCUAAAAGUAAUCCAUGUCUAAUUUCUUUGCUAAGGAAUCAAUCAGACGAUUCAGUUAGCAGAUCGUUUAUUUAACACCUUCCUCAUGGAAGGAAAUAUUUCUGUAGCCAACUGCGAUCUUUUUAAUGCCAAAGUCAAAGAAAUGUUUCUAGACUUGCAGAAUGUAAGAAGAUUGUAAUGAAAUAUUACAUUGAAACAAAAGGGCCCCACUUCCCGCUGCGUGCAACCCCUUACAGAUUUUUUUUCUUGGUCGGUCUGCAUCUUUUACCCUAAUCACAUUUUUAUACCGUUUCAUGUAACUAAAGCUAAAGUAAAAAAAAAUUUCAUAUGCACACUUUGUAAGCAGUAAAACUAUUAUUAUGGUAUUUAUUGACAUAUUUAGGCAUUAGGCCUAUAUUUUAAUCAUAAUAAUUUAUUUCUCGGCCUCAGCUGGGUUUUAUUUUUCAGAUGUGCACAUAUAACUUUUGAAAAAAAGGAGCUGGGUAUAAUUUUUCAGACUGAUUCCUUUCCCCCCAGAAUCACAUAUACAUGUAUAUUAGAUUGAUAUUAUAAAUUAAACUAAUUAGCAAUAUAGAACUCUUUCUUGUUUUUAAGACAGCAUUUUGAAACUCUUUUAAAGCUUGGAUGGAAUUGCCAAAUAUUUUGAAAGUAACAAAAUAGCAAUUUAAAUCUCAAAUUCUUUUAAGAUUCAUUAUCGUUGUCACUAGUAAGAACUAGUAAUAAAUGAAAGGGGCAUGUAAAUAACUAUUUGUUUAAGUAUAAAUGACCUUACAUUUUUUCCUUUUUCUUUUGCAUAUAAGUACGGUACCAUACUUAGAAUGGUAAUUGGUGCAAUAAACCAAUUGUUAAAUUAUUUGAAUCCCAUUACUGAAUACUGGUACUAGUCUUUUAAUACUGAUGUGUCAUAUAAAAAAAAAUAUGUAUAUAUAUAUAUAUAUAUAUAUAUAUAUAUAUAUAUAUAUAUAUAUAUAAAUAUUAUAUAAAUAAAUAAAUGAUAGGGGAAGCUUAGCAUAACCUUGAUACAAAUCUUGAUGACAUGUAAACAAAAACAGAUAUGAGUUUUACUGAUCAGAGACUUCCUUAAAUCUUUUCAUUUUCAAAACUUUUAGCAUUGCUUGCUUCACUAUGAGAAACCUCAUGUAAUUUAUAUUUUUUUAUUCCAUUUUAUAGGACCUGGAGAGAGGAGUGUGUCCUCUGUGUGGAGCAACCCUAUGAUGCCUUGUCUUAUAUUCAUACUCACAUAACCCAGUCUAUUCUAGUAUAAAGCAGUGGAAGCAGUCAGAUGUGUACAGAGCAUGAUCAAUUUGUUCCACUGAUCUUUGUAAAUAAGAAUAACUACCGGUACCAUAAAGAGCAGUUGUGUAAGUCAGUUCCAUUGUGACUACACUUUGAGUCUCAUCAGGUGAGAGUAGAUUAACAUGGCUGAAGAAGAGCAAGUGCAGUACCACAUAGAAAUCCAGGACGCUUCUGGGUUUGAUGCCAUGGAUGGAGAAGUCAUGGUUGUUUUAGAUCUCAAUGGCCAGGAUUUACCAGCAAGCGUUGCUCAAACAAUUAUGGAGCUGGCUCAAAACAGUAGGCACAACCUAACGACCGUAAUGAAUGAUCAUGCAGAUGUUAAAUUUAUCACGCAGGAUGCGCAGCAAAUAGCUGAGUUUUCUAGUGAAAACAGCAUUGAACAAGUCAAGUUGGAAGAUAUAGAUAUGUUUGACCAAUCUAAAGAGGGGGCUCAUAAUUUACUGCAAGAUAUUGACCUGGAGAAAGUCAAUGUAAUCGACUCCGAAACACAGGAGACAAAAACCCGGUAUUUGGUUCACAACCUGGCAGAGCUUGAGAGGACAAAAGUGGGAACCACCUACAAACCCAGGAAAUCAACUUCCAAAGGAGCAGGUGGAAAAAAGGUGGAAAGGCUGCCUCCACUCAUUAAUGAAAUUACUCCUAAAGUGGAGGUAGGGGUUCAGUGUGAGCUGAUCAAUAUAAAAGAAAAGAAUGCAGAUGAGGAGGAGGAUGGGAAAGUCAUUAACGAUUGCGCUGCACCCGAUCACAUAGGUGAAAGUUGCAAGGGCGAUGAGUAUAUAAAGAGUAUUAAAACGGAACCUCUUUGGGCAGAGGAUAGUAGACAAGGAACAAACCAGCCUGCCGUGCCCGAAGAAGCUGCCGUCGUACCUCAAGAAAAGACCUGUCUCCAGUGUUCUUAUACUUGUGAUGAUGACCUAGAUCUAGGGAGGCACAUGAGGAAAGUCCAUAAAGAGAAAAAACCUUACACAUGCUCUGUUUGUAAUACCUCAUUUGAAAUUGAACUAAGUUUACAGAUUCAUGCACUGAUGCAUUCAGGUGCAAAGAGGCCAGCAAGCAAGUGGAAAAAAAAGAAGAAACUAAAUUAUGUGUGUCCUUUGUGCUCCAUGCUGUUUUCCACUGUCAAAAAGUUAUGUUCUCAUGCUGAAAGUGAGCACAAGCUUCCCACCAUUCACACGUGUGACACUUGUAAGUUUGCAUGUUUGUCUAAAAGUGAAUUAUCUGAGCACAACAUAACCUUAGACCAUGUCAAGAGAGCCAGCAAGAUAUCUGUUUGUCCGGUGUGCAAUGUAGCUACUUUAAAAAUGACGGCACAUCUGGCCAAAAUGCACCCAGAGCAUCGGCCACACAUUUGUCAUAUAUGCAGUUUUAAAAGUAAAUCGGUGACUGGUCUGAAAUACCACAUUCAAACUCAUGUGGAAACCAAGAAUUUCAUUUGUCCAAAAUGUGGGAGGGCUUGUAAGUCGAAAAUUGUUCUCAAACGGCACAUUAAAAAUCACGACCCAGUUAAAAAAUUUCAGUGCUCUCUCUGUCCAUUCGGCACCAAUGAAAGCUAUGAGCACAAACGUCACGUUCGUCGGGUACAUUCUAAGAAGACUUACUACAGCUGCAAACACUGCGAUUUAUCUUUCUUACAAGUAUGUGAUUUGAAACUUCAUGCAAUGUCUGAGCACCAAUCAAGAGACUCUUACUUCUGUAACUACUGCGAGUUUUCUUGUGAAACACGAAUUGAACUGAAAACCCAUGUUCAGACCCACACUGGUAAACAUCGGUUUCUCUGUGAGACCUGUGAUUUUACAACUCCGUUUAGAGCCCACUUGGAAAGGCACAGGAAUACGCACACAGAUAUUCGCCCCUACAAAUGUCCCAUCUGUGGAUACGAAUGCAGAGAAAAUAUUAAUUUGAAGAAACAUAUGGUAACACAUAGUGAUGAGAAACCAUUUUCAUGCUCAUUGUGUCCAUACACUUGUAAGCUAAAAAAUCUUUUGGACAGCCAUAUACGUAUUGUACACACCAGCCUCAAGCCAUAUUCCUGCAAUGCGUGUCCUUAUCGUGCCAAAACUUCAGGUAACCUGAAAAAACACAUGUGGAUACAUCAACAAUACAAGCCCUACCAGUGCAGAUUCUGUACCUACACGGCCAGAGAGAAGAACAAAUUGGCGAGGCAUGAAAAAACAAAGCACAAGGAUGGAGUAGAAGAAGACUUUCAAAAAGCUGGAGAAGAAUCAAAUUCACAAACUAUAGAAGACUUCAGUGAACAUGUGAUUUAUACAGUAAAAACCUAGUUGAAAGUUUGUCUUCAUAACUUACUUUAGUAAACCAGAUAUCUUAUUAUUUUGCACAAUUUAUAUCAAUUUAGACUGUGACUAUUUGGAUUUUUCAUGAGUGAUUGGGUCAUUACUUGGCAAGGUUUCAACUACUGGUAUGUAUGUUGUAUUCAUGAUUGCAAUCGGCGCUGAGACUAAAACUGCUAAAACAAGAUAUUUAAGAAUGGCGGCAACAAUCUUAUACAAUUCUUAGCUCAAUAGGUUUAUCUGUCUUUCUUAGUAGAAGGAAGUGAGUCGUGUUAUUCAUAGUAAUCAUAGUAUCUGUUAUUGGUUUUGUUGGGGGUAAAAGGGGGAUUAUGAGGGAAUAUAGUGAAGAAGUAGGGUUUUUUUUUAACAUGAUAUUUCUAGUUGUCUGCUGCUUAUCAAGUGACCCUGACCGCUUCACAUCCAUGGUGUUACAAUGCACUUUAUUUAUUUGAACAUACAUUAACGAUUUAAACAAUUAGAAUUAGGGACCACUUAUUUUUGUAAUGUUACAACCUUGGAGGUUAAGCAAUUUUACAAAGGUUUAAUUUGAUUUCCUUUCAAGUACCCGGUUUAUUAAACAUUGCAACAUUUGGUGCAGAUGUUUCCGAGCUACUAGUAAUGAAAUUUUUAAUGAAAAUUCACUACAUUAAAUGAACUUAUAUUAAUUAAUUAGUGUCAGUGAAUUUUGAAUUGCAAUCCCUAUUCUAUUUCCAGACAUUAUUUUAUUUAAUUAUAAAUGGUAAAUUCCUGUUUAUGUUGUUAUUAGCGACUUAGUUGAACAUUGUAAUUUAUGAGACUAAUUAUUUUUUUAAUAAAUGUUUGUUAAGAAAGAGAUUGCAACUACCGGGUGUGUUAGGUAAAUGUAUAUUGUGUGACUCUGUGAGUCGCUGAUGGACGAUGAUAUCAUACUGAAUUUUUGCUGCACUAAAAGAAAUUGUGUUUCUCAU